AUGGUUAGAUCAGAUGGUGAUCAAAUUGAGGUGACCAAGUCAUGGGAAGACUCAACACUUAACAAGAUUGUUGAGUUGACAAAAGAAGGUCAACUAAAUAAGCCAAGGCUAGAAAGGUGGUUAGAUGAAUUUGGCGAAUACUAUAGCAAGGUUGUUGUUGCUCUAUCUUUGGGGAUAGCUCUUCUUGGACCAUUUAUUUUUAAGUGGCCCUUCCUUGGUAACUCAGUUUCUAGGGGCUCAGUUUACCGAGCUUUGGGUCUUAUGGUGGCAGCAUCACCUUGUGCACUUGCUGUAGCUCCCUUAGCUUAUGCUACUGCAAUCAGUGCAUGCGCACGGAAGGGAAUUUUGCUCAAGGGCGGGCAUGUCUUUGAUGCUCUUGCAGCUUGCAAAUGUGUAGCAUUUGAUAAAACCGGAACUCUCACAACUGGAAAGCUUAUGUGUAAGGCAAUUGAGCCAAUUCAUGGUCAUGGGUUUAGAGGGAGCAAAUCUGAUGUGUCUUUGUGUUGUACACCGAAUUGUGAGAGUGAAGCUUUAGCUGUUGCUGCGGCAAUGGAAAAAGGAACUACACAUCCCAUCGGGAGAGCACUUGUUGAUCAUAGUCUUGGGAAGAACCUUCCUGACAUUUAUAUACAUAGCUUUGAGUGUCUACCUGGUAGGGGUCUUUUUGCAACACUAACUGGGAUCAAGUCAGGAACUCGACAAGAUCUUUCAAAAGCAUCACUUGGCUCUAUUGAAUACAUUUCCUCUCUAUACAAGUCCACAGAUAGAUCUAGAAAAAUAAAAGAAGCUGUAGAAGGAUCUUCUUAUAGAAAUGAUUUCGUCCAAGCUGCCCUUUCUGUUAAUGAGAAGGUGACACUCUUCCAUUUUGAAGAUGAGGCACGGGAAGGCUCCAAAGAAGUCAUAUCAAUCCUAAAGGAUAAAGCAAAUCUUCAUGUAUUGAUGUUGACAGGUGACCAUGAGUUGAGCGCAUUGAGAAUAGCUAAAAUUGUGGGUAUUAGCGAAGUUCAUCACUGUUUGAAACCUGAAGACAAACUCAAUCGGGUGAAAACUACUGCUAGAGAGAAAGAUGGAGGUUUGAUAAUGGUAGGAGAUGGUAUUAAUGAUGCACCUGCCCUUGCUGCUGCAACUGUGGGUAUUGUGCUAGCUCAACGUGCAAGUGCAACAGCUGUAGCUGUUGCAGAUGUGCUAUUGCUGCAUGAUAACAUUUCUAAUGUUCCAUUUUGUAUUGCUAAAGCUCGUCAAACAACUAGUUUGGUGAAGCAAAGUGUUGCACUUGCUUUAUCUUGCAUUAUUUUUGCUUCUCUUCCUUCAGUACUUGGUUAUCUUCCUCUGUGGCUGACGGUACUUCUUCAUGAAGGAGGGACACUACUUGUUUGUCUAAACUCAAUCCGCGCUCUUAAUGACCCAUCGUGGUCCUGGAAACAUGAUCUUUUGCAGGUAUUGCAUGGGUUACGAAAUGCUUUGUUUAAUCAUCUCAGGUGGAGGCCUUCCUCGAACAACACUAUUUCACCUUCGGCACUCUAAAUUUAUGGACCAUGACAGAUGUUACUUGAAUGGUAGCCAAUUGAACGGGAGAUCAAGGUUUUGUGUUAUAGCAAUUAGUUUUUUAUUAAUUAAAUAGUUUGACUGUCAUCGUUGCUGUUGUAUAAACUAUUCUUCAAACUGCUUGAAACAUGUGCCUCGUUGCCUCUCAAGUAUGUUGAUAAUGAAAAAAAGGCACAUGAAUCAUGUUGUAACAACUUCAAGAGAAUUUAUAAUGAUCAAUUGAUAACAUUUUGGCGAA